ACAUUUGAAAUCGCGCACUCUGGUAACACGGAAACGGUUGUUGGGCCACGCGCUGAUUAACCUAAUCUAUUCUCAAGGACAAUAAAUAAUCGUGUUCAAUCUUAUCUAAGAUUUUAAAAGUGCCUUUUCUUGCCUAGAAUCAAUUAAAACAUUACCUGACCAGGUUUUGGUGCCAGCUACAAGCUCGUGGAACCCGUGAAACCUGUUGCUAACCCAACAAUUAAAGUUAAUUAAAGCCUCACCCGCCUUCGAAAGCAACCAACCGAAAAAGCAAAAUGGCAAACAGAAGAGGUGAAGAGUCGCCUUUCAUUGAUGAGAAGCGGCCAGUGAAACUGAAUCCAUCAUAUGAAUCCCAAAUGAAGGCGAAUCCCAAUGGCAAAGGAUCUGGCUUCAUGAUGUCAAAACUCAUGUCAACCCUGCAGCCGCCAGAGGAUAAAUAUAAACUGGUCUUCUUCAUAUUUGUGCUGCACGGGCUGGGCACACUGAUGCCCUGGAAUAUGUUUAUUACAGCGAAAUCAUAUUUUGAGGACUUUAAAUUGGGUGAAAAUUACACGGUUAAAAGUGAGGUCAAUUACAGAGGUAACUUUAUGCAGAAUAUGGGCUUUGCUUCACAAAUCCCGAAUGUCCUCUUUAAUUGGCUAAACAUAUUCAUGAAUUUUGGCGGUGAUCUAACCAAGCGUAUUGUAUUUAGCAUUCUAUUCGAACUGGUUAUUCUGAUAAUAACUGUUGUGCUCGCCAUGGUGGACUCAUCCGAGUGGCCUGGCAUAUUCUUUUGGACUACAAUGUCUUCCAUUGUGCUUAUAAACAUGUGCAACGGCAUCUAUCAGAGCACUAUUUAUGGACUCGUUGCGGCCUUACCACCCAAAUAUACGGGUGCCGUAGUUUUGGGAUCAAAUAUAAGCGGAUGUUUUGCCACGAUUAUGUCUAUGUUAUGUUCCAUGUUUUUCACCUCAAUGCGAACAUCGGCUAUAUAUUAUUUUUUAACUGCAAUUUUGAUUUUACUCUUUUGUUUUGACACGUAUUUCGCGCUGCCUUUAAACAAAUUCUUCAAGCAUUAUGAAAUGCUGAGCAGCGAAAAGAAAUCCGAGUCGAACAGCCAGUUAAAUGUACCCUACUGGAAAAUAUUUAAGAAAGCUUCGCCACAGCUUUUUAACGUAUUUUUUACUUUCUUUGUUACACUAGCUGUUUUUCCAGCCGUCCACUCGGAUAUUAAGCGUUCCAACGAUUUUAUAAUUGGCGAAAAGUAUUUCACAUUAGUCACAUGUUUCCUAACGUUCAAUGUGUUCGCGAUGCUGGGCAGCUUGACCACGUCCUGGAUACAAUGGCCCGGACCGAAAUUUUUGGUUGUGCCUGUAGUUUUACGUGUCGUUUUUAUACCCUUACUGAUAUUCUGUAAUUAUGCACCGAAAGAUAUUGUUCGAACUCUACCAGUUUUUAUUACCAACGAUUGGUUAUAUUGGAUCAUUGCGAUUAUAAUGUCCUAUAGCUCCGGCUAUCUAAGUUCCUUGGGCAUGAUGUAUGCACCACAGACGGUUAAUGUCAAAUAUCAAAUAACCGCCGGCAUGUUUGCUGCCGCGAUGCUUGUGACUGGCAUUUUCUCUGGCGUAAUGUUCUCAUAUUUGAGUCCACUUAUUAUACAACUUUGAAAUUUUCUUUCACUUCAACGAUUUGCUUUCAUUUUAUUUUUCACAUUGCAUGUAGCUUUAAUUACCCACAAAAGGAUAUUAAUAAAUGGACAUACUAAUUUUUAUACAUUAAGCAUUGACUGUUCACUUUUUCACAGACUAACAAACUAUUGCAUUAUAUUUAUCGCGUUGAAAAUAAAACAAUACAAAUCAACCGUAUGUGCAUUUGAAACAUUGAUUUGAUAAAUUGGAAACACGUUUUUCAUGCUUCAAACAAUGUUAUUUUGAUGUUUGCGAAGUUCUUGAAUAUACUUAAGUAUUCAACGAAUUGUGCAGCUAGAAAACUUGACUGCAGCUUAUAAAACCGAAGAUUAAACUGAAGUGAGUAAUUGCGAAAGUAGACUGAAUAUUGGAGAACAUAAUCGGAAUUCAGACACUGUCUCUCAAACCAAACGACAAAUGCCUUAAAAAUGAGAAUGAUCUCUCAGCAUCGGGUCUCUAAAAGUCUAAGAAUUGAUUUGGAACUGGAAAUUUAAGAGAACCUGAAGAGCGACAAAUGCUUAACAAAUGAGUAUGCUCUUUCAGCUUCAGCUACUUCAGCAUAAAUUUUAUAUUUUUUAUAUAAAAGUAAUUCAAGCAUUCACAGAACGUUAAUUAAGUAAUAAUUGUUAAUUAUAUAUUGCAGAGUGGGCAGAUAACUAACAAGCUGAACGGAAUUGACGAAUUAGAAUAGUUUAAUAUGCAGAAGCAAAUAUUUCGGAAACAGCAAAAUAUUGGGAAUGGAUUUAAGAGUAUAAAGAUGCCGGAUAUGCAAACACCUUAAUCAAACGCAGAAGUAGAACAAGAUAUUUCAGCCAAAAGAAUUUGCUGCUCUCAUUAUACAAAUAUUUAUAUACAUUUUGGAAACUGAUAAAUACAGAUUCCAUGCCGA